GACUACACUUCCCAGGACCCCCUGCGCGACGAGCGCAGCCGCAGUUUCCAGUCAUGAGUGGGGACGCGGAAGCUGAGGUGCACGGCUGCGCGCAAUGGCCGCUUGGGGCGAGCGUCUGGCUGGCGUGCGCGGGGUGCUGCUCGACAUCUCGGGCGUGCUGUACGACAGCGGCGAGGGUGGCGGUGUGCCGAUCGCCGGCUCCGUGGAGGCGGUGGCGAGACUGAAGCAGUCCCGGCUGAAGGUGCGGUUCUGCACCAACGAGUCACAGAAGUCCCGGGGACACCUGGUGGGGCUGCUCCGGCAUCUGGGCUACGACAUCUCUGAGGGCGAGGUGACCGCCCCGGCCCCGGCCGCCUGCCUGAUCCUGAGGGAGCGAGGCCUUCGGCCACACCUGCUUGUCCACGACGGAGUCCGCUCAGAAUUUGCUCAGGUUGACACGUCCAACCCAAACUGUGUCGUAAUUGCAGAUGCAGGAGAAGAUUUUUCUUAUCAAAACAUGAAUAAAGCCUUCCAGGUGCUCAUGGAGCUGGAAAACCCUGUGCUCAUAUCACUGGGAAGAGGGCGCUACUACAAGGAGACCUCUGGCCUGAUGCUGGACGUUGGCGCCUACACGAAGGCGCUCGAGUACGCCUGUGGUAUCGAAGCCGAGGUGGUGGGGAAACCUUCUCCUGAGUUUUUCAAGUCUGCCCUGCAGCAGAUGGGGGUGGAGGCCCACCAGGCCGUCAUGAUUGGAGACGACAUCGUGGGUGACGUCGGCGGCGCCCAGCGGUGUGGAAUGCGAGCGCUGCAGGUGCGGACCGGGAAGUUCAGGCCCAGUGACGAGCGCCAUCCGGAGGUGAAGGCUGAUGGGUACGUGGACAACCUCGCAGAGGCUGUGGACCUGCUGCUGCAGCACGCGGACAAGUGACGGGCCUUCUGGGAGGCCCCCCGGCUUCUGCCACCCCGUCCCCGGUGCCCAGACCACCACGGUCCUGCCCUCUGUCCCCCACAGGCAGGAAAGAGGGCGCCAGCCAUAGCUGUGGCUGCCCUGCCCCCGGCCUGAGCUGGCCAGCCCCUUCCUGUCUCCCUCUGCUGGCCCCACCCCCAUGCCCCAGUCACGUGGCUCAGUCUCCCAGGAGGAGUUUGCUCCCUCCCCGAUGGCCUGCUCCCCAGUCCGCCCUGCCCUAGUGAAGUCAGGAGGGUGGGACAGGAGGGCCAGCGGUGCUCUGGGAUUGUCCCAAACCCAUGCCCUCUCCAUGAGCCCCCCUGGUCACACAGAUGCCCUACUAGCCAGACUCUGAGCAUUUCCCAUGGCCUCGUCAUCAAACACGCUUCAUGUCGUGUGAGGAGCCUGGAGGAGACAGGCCUCCCAUGCACAGUCCAUGCAGCCCCGAGCUGAGCCAGCUCCCUUGGGAACUGCCCAGCGCCCCGUCCCACCCCUAGCCCCCACCUGGAGUCAGCGCCCACGUAGCACUCUGCCCCCCACACCAACACCUUCCUGUCCCCAGAAGAAGUCACCUUUGGAGCCAAAAGCUGGGGCAUCCCCCAGGGGCACUUGGAAGACCACGUGCUGAAAAGCAAGAGUGUGACUCUCUGGGAUCAAGGUCGCAGGCGCGGAGGGCGCUCUCUGGAGCUGUAACUCGAGGGACUGGGGUGCGUCCUGCCCAGUGCGUGCGGGCGGAAACCAACAUUUAAACACACCGCCCUGACCUGCAGCCCACUCAGGCCUUACCCGCCGAGGCCCCGGGGCGGGGGUGUGGGCAGGUCCUGCCAUGUGCUUGAACUGCUGAACGACCGAGAGCCAGGCCCUGAUGCGCCAAACCUGCCCCAAACCCUUCAUUUAACAGAUGGGGGAACCGAGGCCCUCAAGAAACAGGGAGCCGCCCUAGGCCCUGAGAGGACAGGGUGGACAGGGCGGACAUCGACCUUCCCUCCGCAGCAGCCCCGAGGCCGGCGGCGGGAGCCGCAUGCUCCCCGAAUUCCCUCAGCCCAGUUCAGGUUUCAGGCAGUCAGCUGAACAGAUACCUGAAUUGCUCUGUCUCUCCCCAAAUCGAUCCUGGCAGACAACUUCUCAUAAAAGAAGUCCUGGGCCCUCCAAGACAGGAUUCACACUGAACAAGGGGCUGACGAUGCAGAGCACUGGGCUCUGUGUGGUCCCCAGGCCUCCGCGCCAGCCAGCCACCAUCAGACCGGGGUCCGGAGGGCUGGUGGUGGCUGCCUUGUCAUCAGGAUGCAGUGCGGCCGGGCCGGUGUCACAGGCCUGCAGGGGAGGGGGGUGUUGGGCCUAUUCACUGGGAAAUAUGCAAAACGCCCUCAUCACAGCUUGCAGGGGUCCAGAUGGUGGCUGUGCUCACGGGGCUGGGGGAGACUACGGGGGGGACCUGCCCCAGCUGAGUGGCUUCCUUUCCUCCCUCCCUUUCCGUGGCUGCCCGUGCCUGGUGUCCCCGGCAGGAGCCCACAGCCAGGCAGCGUCUCACUGGAGGACAGACGCUGGUGUUCUCUCCACGGACAGGUGGAGUCGCCUCUGGCAAGCUGCUGCCCAACAGUGGGGACAGCGAGGGUGUCGGGGGGACAGUGCCAGAGGGACACAGAUGCAGACCCUGCUUUGUCCGGGAAGAGAACACGGUGCCUCCUCCCCCAGCUGUGGGUUCAGUGUGGCCGGCAUCUCCCCUUCUGACGGAGGAGGAAACUGAGGCGAGGAGAGCGAGCAACUCGCCUGUGGGCUGACCGCUGGUCAGGGCAGAGCUGAGGCACGGAUCAAGGUCUGAUCCUGCAUCCAUGCCCCUUCUAGUUCCUUCCACAAUCCCAUGGAGGCGGCUUCUGGUGGCCUCAGUGUGGGAGGGCAUGUAACCCCUGAGCCUCAGCUACCCCUUUCCUUAGCAGGCAUGCACUGAGCCCUGUGGGGAACCGGGCCUUACCGGGUGCCCUGUCGCUUGGCUGGGGAUGGUCAGUGGCCCCUGUCUUGCUGCUACCGAGGUGACCGUGCUGCCCAGAAGCAGGAGGACCUCCCUCACCCGUGGCCUUCCAGCUGCCUGGCUCGGCCCUCUGCAGACCCUCCUUCCACGACCCCAAACAGGGCGGGCAGAGUUCUCGGGCCGGAGCUGGACAGAGCCACUGGCCACAGCGGGGCUGGAGCUCAGGGAUGACGCAGGGUGGGAGCGAGGCCGAGUCUGGCCCUCACGCCAGGUGGCUGCCCACCGCCGGGCCCACCGGCUCAGCGCUCCUCCUUCAGAUCAGGUCACCGAGGUCCUUCGAAGGCCCAGGAGGGCCACGUUCCUUCCCUCUGGUCCCACCCCUCAGGGGAGGGUCAGGGGGUCGCCAGGUGGGAAGGGCACAGAAGUGGGUGUGUGUGUGGGGGGAGGGGGUGCUCAUGGUUCUACACCCCCAAUGUUACUAUCCACGGCUCUGGUUUUCCCUCAGAAUUGACCCAGUUGAGAUAAUAAACAUUGGGCACCUGGUA